AUGGGAACAGAAAGAGAAGAAUGGAGCGAAGCCCUAAGCGUGGACCACUUGGAGGAUCUUUCAACAUACACCCAAAGAGAAGAGAUACUGAAGGGCCUGGAAGAGGAGUUUCGCAGAGGGCUGCAGGAGGUAAGAAAGGCAAAUAAGACAAAAACCGUGCUAAGCAAAGAAGACAGAAUGUACAAGCACAUCUAUAUCCCAAAGAAAGGGCACGACGCAUGGGAGGAGCUAAGAAGCAGCACAAUCAACAAUACACCCAUUAUAGUGUUUGGGCAGAUUCUUCCCUCUCCAGAGAAUAGGAAGGCUGCAUACAAGAUAGACCUCAAAGAGCCAACUGUAUUUUUUAACGUGCUGAACGGGUAUCUUCUGUCAGUUACAGAGAAAGGGUCGAUAAAGAUAUUUCUAAUACAGAACAAGUGUUUCUUGGAGAAAGCCUGGGAGAUAUCGAACCACCUCUUUGGGUUUCUUGUCAGAACAAAGGCAAUCCCUCUCUCUGUCAUUGACACCUUUAGCAGAGUUCUAUUGCAGCUAUAUUAUAAAAAAGUAAAGGAUUUGGAGAAGGUCUUUGAAGAGCUGCUAUGCUUCUCCAAGGUUACACAUGUAAAGAAAGCGUUCUUUUUCAACGGGUACCUAUGCCUUGUCUCUUCAUUUGGAGAGAUGCAGAUCUUUGACGAAACACUUCGAGAAAUCCCAAUAGGAAAGAAUCUCAAGCCAAUUAUCCGGUCUAUAUUGAAAGAGCCAACAAAAAAGAAAGAGCAUGUAAAUAGCAUGGUAACUGGAGAAACAGUGAUAAACUUGAAGUCAAUCACCAUGAAAGUCUCAAAGAAGAAGAUAAAAAUGAUAUAUGCAAAGAAAAGCGUCUAUGAGGAAAUUAGUUUUACACAAAAUGAGCAGGUUGUAUAUGCAGACAAUAUGCUGUUCUUGAAAGAGAAGAACAAUAUACAUGCAAUUUUACUAGAGUAG